AUCACAUUCAUCGCUCGAACAGUCUGAGUCUUGUGGACGCGGGCAUGAAGGGCUGGAUAUUGAGGAUGCAAGCAGGCUGAGCAGGCUGAGCAGGCUGAGCAGCAGGAUGCAGGUGCAGGUGCAAGCUUCCAGCUCGCCUUUGGCUCUGAUGAGUCCCACAUCCCAUCAUCAUUCUCGUCGCUCUCUUGCUGUGCAGAAGUCUCGGGCGUCAGUAGCAGGAGCAGGAGCAGGGCACGCAAGCAUGAGCGCAUCGGAUGGAUCAAGUCCUGGAUUCCAGUUGAUCGCUUGCACCCGCGCUGCUCCUCCAUCCGGCAGCACCGUUGUUGACGCUGUAGCCAGCACAUCCGCCACUCGAACUCGGCCUCAACCUCAUCCGUCUGCGCGCAUCACGCCGCGUUCCAAUGGGCGCUUUGUCAGUCGGCCAGAGGUGCUCAACAGCCGUGCACCAAAGGAGGCAACAAAGACUCUGACUAGUCGCUCUCGUGCUCCCUCGGUCGAGGAGGCGCCGCCGCCGCCGCCGCCGCGUCUGCAGCAAAGUCCAGUCAAGAGCCUAACAUUCUCCCUCUCUCCCCCAGAGGUGGGCCAAGACAGCUCUCCGAGCAGCAGACCUCAUCAACGUCGCAAACUCGCACACUAUCCUCAACACACGAGCUCGCGCAUAAACGACACGUCGAGAGCGCACAUUGUGAGCCAAACAUCUGCCGAUGACGCGUCGCAGUCUGUCAAGUUUUCAUCAGUCCCUCUACCUGCCCCGUCGCCAUCCGCUUCUUCGCUGCUGGUCGCCAGAGGCGCUUCUGCUUCCUGUUCCCGGCAUUUGCCACUCGACGUCGAUUUGCAGCAGCCUCUGCAUCCACCCAAUACCAGGUCCAAGGUGGACCUCAUCUCUUCUUCGCCUGAUGCUAGCCCUUCUUCGCGCCCGCAGACGCCUUCACGCGCUACCAGUGCGAGAGCAGCCUCUAGCGCCUUUGUCAGAGCCUCGCAGCUGAUCGAUCGGUCAGAGUUGCGCAGAGAGGUGGCGCCGCGCGUCUCUGCCAAGGCGUCUGACGGACGAGCCUCGGGAUGCUGCGAAGUGGUAGAGAUGACGUACUCGUGUGCAUCGUCGAUGGAAGCAGCGCCGCCCAUCUCGCAGAAGAGGAGCGCGCAUCCCAAUCGCAGAUGCACCACAUCAUCCGCACAAGCUCGACAUGCGAGCUCUUCGCCACGUACAAAGCAGGCUGCUGCCUCUUUGUGCUCGUCCGAAGAGCCACCUGCUGCACGAGAUGCGCGCAGAUCGGAGCUUUCGCGCGCUGUCGAUUGCCAGAGAUCUGCUGCCAACUCCGACGCGCUCCGAGCGUCUGCGCCGCUUGCUGAAGCUCUUUCUGUGAGCCAAAGCGAGAUGCGAGAGGACGACGAAGAGGAUGAUGGCGCAGGUGCUGUGUCGAGCGCGCAAUGGCUCGAGUCGAGCUCAUGCUCGCUGAAGGGAGAGGAGGACGAAGAGCCGACGGCUUCGCAAGCUUUCAGAGCGCGUCUAGGACAAUUCAGGCGGAGCGCGGACGUUGCAAAGAGUGGAUCGCUGAUCGCAAGCGGAAUGGAGAAAGGCAGGUCAGUGGCACCGAAGGAUGCGCGCCGGAAGGUGCCGAGAGGCAAAUGGCGGCAGAUCGACAAGCUCGAGAGGGCCUGCAAGGUCGGCAAUGAGCAGGUUAGCGGGGGCGCGCAGCGAUUGCAGGAUGGUCAAGUGAUGAUCCUGUCCACGCUGGAGGACGUGUCCAACUUGGACGGCAUCUUCGACCAGGCGCUCCGACGCGGGACUGCGCGAGCAGCAGGAGCAGGAGCAGACGAAAGUGAAAGCGGAAGAGUGCGAGAAGCAGGAUCACGCUCGCACGUUCAAGACGUGCGCGAAGCGCUUAGCAGUUCUUUGCCUGGCAUGGUCUGCCCGACCAAGGCACCUCGCUGCGAACGUCGAAGAGACGAGCCGAUGGACAUUCCGGUGGAGAUUGUUUCGCAGAGCAGGAUGGGAACGAAAACUUACACUGGUGGUGCUGUCAAGGAGUGCGAGGGGUCCGGUAAUUCGAAGAUAAAGGAGACGUCCUCGGAACGUUUGGAGGAGGGAGGACGCGGGCAGCUGGAUGACGAUGAUCAAAUCGACACGAGCAUCGCGUCUGGCGCAGGCGCUGCUGGUUGCGAGCAGCGCAACAUCCACGGCAAAGUGCGACAGGAAAAUGUCUUGAAAGAGGCAGCUACCGACGAUGCUCGAGAUGCUCCGAGCAGCGACUCGUCUACGACUCUUGAGACUCGCAUCACCGCCCUAUCGACCGAGCCUGAGCUCGAGUGAGUGGCUACGCGGAAAAGGGGAAACGGCUUUUCAUGGCAGUGCUUGGGAGCGCGCGCAGCUUGGCAAGCGAAAGAUGAUGGCUGACGUGAUCCUUCCCUGCGACGUUUUCCUUUUCCCCGGUCCCCUGUUCCGAUCAGCUUGUCGAGCAUCUCCACCGCUCGUUUCAGAAUCUUGUCACACUGCAUCAUU